AUGGCCGGCUUCUCGCUCCUGUCGGUCCUCGGCAACGGGAGCGGGCGCACCGCCGGCCACCACCGCUUCCCGAUCGCGGCGUACCAGUCGGGCUCCGUCCUUGUGCUCUGGGACUACGUGCGCUCCGGCGGGGAGACCAGGAAGUUCGUGCUGCUGCAGCCGAACCAGCGGUGCACGUCCCUGUUCUUCAGCAGGGACUCGCAGCACGUCCUCGGCCUCUGGGCGUCGCAGACCGGGCAGCCGACGCUGACGGUGUGGCAGGUCUCCGACGGCGCCAAGAUCGCGGAGCAGCGCCUUUCCGACCAGAGCGGGG